AUGAGCACAGAUGUUUUGCUUCAAGUAGUCACAGGCUUUCCUCCUGAUCUUAAGGCAACCAGUCUUCAAGCUGCAUGCAUUUCGUGCUCUGAUGGAGCUGUGUUCUUGGAAGGGGACGUGUCAUUUCUGCGGACCCCAUCUUCUGCCAGAAAAAGGAUAUGCACAGCCCUCUACCAUCUCUUGCCAAAGAGGGUCGUGGCAGAAACGUUCCUAUUAGUUGUGCCCCGCUUCCUUGAAACCGAUAUGACAGCAGUUCAUGACGAGCUCCUACGUCUAAUACUUCGUCUAACAGGCUAUAAACUCGCUAUCACUGGCUAUCGCUUUGUUCACUCGAUGGACCAAGAACCUAUGUUUGAGGAGGAAGCAAUAGGACUGUUAACAAGAGACAGCUUAACUCGCAGCGCUGCAGAAGCUGUUGUGAAGGCAGUUCGCAGGUUCGCAGCGGACCGUGUGGAGACGUAUGCCCUUCAGCUGGAGCUAUCUGUGGAUGGUGCUGAACUAGCCCCCAUGAAAAUUCACCUUCUCUCUCCGUUUGUCGGGAAGAUGUCCAACACAACCCCUGUAUCCGCGCCCGAGUGGCUCUCUAUCUUCUGUGACUACCAGUGCGUAAAAGGGCCUUCCGAUCACAACACCGUUAUCUUGAAGUAUCUUGAUGCCAGAACACGCAAAGCAAGCUUUACUAGAUAUUUCAGCGCAGCCAAGCCUUCACCUGCCCACAAGAAAAUACACAACUACAUGCUCUCUUUACUAGAGGCCCAAGAAUUCGGUGCUAAAACACUUACCAUCUUAACUGUAAUUAAUCCAGAGCUACACAAGAAGCAGAGUAUUCAGGGGGUGCUUCGUGCCAUCUUAAAGGAUGCACUUUUUCCCUCUUCCAUUACGAACCCUGGGAUUGAGAUUGAUUCACCAAAAAAAGAAAAAAAGUCAGUGCACAUAUGUGACUCUUCGAUUGACUCGUCCUAUUUACAUGAUGAGCACCGUAACCUGCACGACCCCACUACCGACGACCUAAUUAAACACUUGCAGCAGAAGCUUGAUGCUGCAACACAGGAUCAGUUUACCCUGAGCAAGAUGUUGAUGAAGGAGCAGUAUAUCCGCAAGAACUUGGAGGAUCAUUUGGCAAAGCUAACAGCGGAUCUCGCAAAGGCCCAAGGAGAUGCUGAAAACGAGCGACGCAAGGUAACGUACCUGCUUAAGAAGCUUCACGAAGGGCCUGCAGAGGACGAACGACGGACUCUACGGGGCCUUGAUGAGGAGUGUUCACCCAUGACAACGGCAACUAAUCCGCUGCUACCGAUAAAGGAAAACAAGAUAGAGGAUACCCUAGAUGAAUUUUUAUGCACUCUUCCAAACGGUAGGGACUCGGCAGACGCCAGCAUAGCCUGGGAUAAAAUCACCAUGGAGUUGGAUGGGGCCAGGUGCUCAUCUGGGUUACAAACCAUCAGAGUGCCAAAUACAGAAAAAGAAGAUGAGGAUUGCCAUGGAACUAAGCAAUUACAAUGUUUGGAAUAUGAAAGUAAGAUCUUAGAGCUCCAACAAAAAUUACUCGAGAGCGAUAUUAGAUUUAAUAAGCUCCGUGAGCAAAUUCAGGACGAAUAUGACACAAAGUUGCGAAAUGAAAUGUACAAGAUAAAGGCAGAGGUAGAGCAGGACUUCGAGGAGCGUCUCCGAAAUCUAAACCCCAAGGCCUGGUACGAGUAUAUCCAGAAAAAUCAAUAA